AUGGGGGGCGGCGCUUCGAAGAGCAAGCCGACGGGCGGCGACGCCGCGCCGUCGCCGUCGCCGUCGUCGCGUCCCUCGACGGCGACGUCCCGGCCGCCGCCGUCGAGGAACGCGUCGAUCGUGUCGAUGUCGGACGGGAAUUCCCCGGCGGACGCGCGCGCCGAAAGGUCCGCGGUCGACGACGACGAGAGCGCGUCGCCGCCGUGGGGCGACGACGUCGACGUCCUCGCGCGCGCGCCCGCGGCGUCCCGACUCGCCGCGGCGGCCGCGCCGUCGUCGUCCGGGGGCGCGGCGACGCCUCCGCGCGCCGCCGCGGCCGCGUCUCGCGCGGCGCGUCGGGGCGUCGUAAAAUCCGCGACGACGACGACGACGAAUGAUACUAAUCCGUCGAAUCCGCCGUCGGCGUCGUCCCUUCGCGCGCUGCCGCGGCGCGCGCCGGGCGCGCCGCCGCCGCCGCCCCCGCGCGACCCCGACGAGCUCCGCGUCGAAGCGCGGCUUCACGCCGUCGCGGGCCGCCUCGCGGAGUCCUCGCGCCACUACGACCUCGCGCUGGAGCGUCAGAUGGAGCUGCGCGGCGGCUCCGCGAAUCACCCCGACUGCGUUCGCGCGCUCAAAGACGCCGCGGACGCGUACGUGCGCGAGUACACGAGCGAGGGCGCGCUGGACGACGCGCCGCGGCGCGAGCGGGCCUUACACGCGGCGCGCGUCGCGAUCGAGCGCGCGAAGGCGCACUGCGCGGCGACGUCGGCCGUACACGGCGAAGGCUCCGCGGAGAGCGCGGCGGCGUUGUGCGCGCUCGCGAGGGUCUACGCGACGCAGGGCGCGGUGGAAAGGGCGGAGGUCGUGUACGACUUCGCGAGCGGUGGCGGCGAUGGCGACGAUUCGAAUGGCGACGGUUCGAGUAAUCCGAAUCGUCGCGACGGUUCGCGUCCGAACGUGCUGACGUCGGCGUGGGCGCCCGGCGUCGUCGACGCGUUGCUCGACGCGGCGCGGACGUACGCGUCGCGACCGGCGCGCGACGACGCGGUGAUGCGCUUCAUCGACCGCGCGUGGGCGUGCGAGCUCGAGAGGCUCGUGCGCGAGCCCCUGCAAUCGGUAAAAGGGUCGGACAAAGGCGUGUCGGAGAAAGGCGUGUCGGAGAAGAACACCAACGCGCUGGACGCCAUCGACGCGGCGUACCGGGAGAUUUUCAAAACCGUCCGCGACGACGUCGAGCUGGAGGCGUUGGCGUUCGCGGGGAUCGAGGACCCGCCCGAGGAGGUUCUUCCCGCGUACGGCGCGCGACCCGGGCGCGCGCGAGACGCGCUCAGGGUGUUGGACGACGCCGUGGACGCCGAGCUCGGGAAGUUCGCGGUGCGGAAAGCGGAGAAGGUGAUGAUUCGAACGGCGACGAUUCGAAUGGCGAGGGCGAGGGGAUUUGACUCUUCCUCGGAGGAAGACGAAGGGGAAGGGGAAGCGCGGGCGAUAGCUCACGACGACGGCGUCGUCGUCGACGAGGUCGUCGUCGUCGACGACGGCGGCGGCGACCGCCUGGACGAGCUCGACGGGUACUUCGCGAAACUCUUCGGCGAGGACGGCGCCAUGCGCGUCGCGUCGUUGCACCGCGUCGCCGUCGCGCAUCGAGACGCCAAACGAGCCGCGCGCGCGCUCGUCACCUGGGGCAAAGUCAUGGUCGCGAAGGGCGACAUGGGAAACAUAGAAACGCCCGCGGUGCUGGCGUUUCGUAAAGCCGCCGCGUCGGUGUGGUUACGCGAAGACGCGGCCGUCGUCGAGCGAUGCGCGCGCGACCUCGCCGGCGUGCUCGGGACGGACCACCCGGAGUACCACGCCGCGUUGCGACGCGCGGCGGCGGCGUGCGUGAAGCGACGCGACCGCCCCGCGGCGUUGCGCGUCACAGAGACGCUCGUGGACGUCGUCGGCGCGACGUUGGGGACGGACAGCGACGCGUACGCGGCGUCCGCGUCCGACGCGGCGGCGAUUCGCGCGAGGAUCGAGUUCGCGAAGACGGAGGGACGACGGGAGGAGGAUAAGGCGCGUUCUAUACACUGGUCCCCAUACGACCCCGUCGGCGUGGUGAACGCCGUCGCCGAGCGCGAAAAUCGGCUGCGACGGGCGCGGGAGGAAGACGCCGCCGCGGCGCGAAUACAGGCGAUCAUCCGCGGGAGAAAGGCGCGCGAGGAAGCCGCCGCGCGCAAGGAGGAGCGCGACCGGCUUCGAGCGAUCGAGGAGGAGGAGCGUCGGCGACUGGAAGCGCUCGAGCGCGAGCGCGAGGAAGCCGCCGCGAGGCGGGCGGAGGAGGACGCGGCGGCGGCGGGGGGGGAUGCGGCCGAGACCCGCGCCGCCGAGGCAUCCGCACUCCCCGGCGGCGGCGGGCGAGGGCGAUCCUCCUGGACGUCCGCGCCGGUGCCUCAGCCGCUGCCGCCGCGUCGGUCAACGACGCGGGAGUCCGCGCGAGAGUGGGACGCGCCCGCGUUGAGAGCGUUGCGGGCGUUCAACGCGGCGGCGGCGGGGGAGGGGCCCGAGGCGACGGGCGGCGGCGGCGGCGGCGUCGACGGGAGGAGGACGGAGGGCGAGAUCGCGCCGGCGGGGGCGUGACGCUUCCGCUUCCGCUUCCGUCCGCGGGACUAGGUCUACGACUACCUUCGUAUAACUAUAGCUAACCUUACGUC